GAGAAGAAAGAACAAAGGGGAAAAAAAGCAAAAACUCUGCAGCAAAGUGUUUUUAGAUACGGAUAUUAACAUUUUGAGAGAAACAGUCAGCAAAGGGAAACAGCAACUGAUUCAGCUGCAGCAUCACCAGCAGUUACUUCAUCUUUCAAGCAGCAGGACCUGUAUAACUGUUGCUAAAAGCCCUGCUUUGACCCACUGCCAUCAGACUGUUCUCACAACAGUUGUUCCACAGGUUUCAACACCUACGGUCCCAGUGAGAUUGUGGGUUCCCAGACAGAGGAGUUCUAGUUGGUGGGUCAGGGGGGGGUUCUCCCACUCUCUUUCCCUCUCCCUGCACCCAGCUCAGCAUGCCCCAGCCCCUGAACACAUCCACAGCUCUCCCAGCUCCACUACCAUGUGUAGAUGGACAGUGACACAAGGUGCACAGGUCGCCUGGUUCUCCUCCUUUCCCUGCAGCAGACCUCCAUCACGCUUCCUGCCUGUGAACUUUCUUCUUCUGCUCCUCUUGCUUGGACCCGCUGCUUCAUCAACAGAUUCUGAAAAGAGCCAUGCACCAGAGGGGACUCUUAAGCCACCUUGCUGGGCGCUCCUGCGCGCAUCCUCUGCAAGGUUGCCACGGGCGACUAACUUGUCGCUGUCAUCUGCAACAGUUGUCGGGCGACAUGUGCGAAGCAGCUACAAGCAUCUACAAGGUGAUGUGCGCAGGAGAAAGCUGUUCUCCUAUCAGAAAUUCUUCCUUCGCAUCGGCAAGGAUGGACACGUCAAUGGCACCAAAAGAGAGGAUGAUCCAUACAGUAUUUUGGAGAUCAAAUCAGUGGACGUUGGAGUGGUGGCCAUCAGGGGCCUCAGCAGCAACCACUACCUGGCAAUCGGAAAGAAUGGAACUCUGUAUGGAGCUAGGGAGUUUGGUCCUGAUUGUCGUCUAGUUGAGCGCAUCGAGGAAAACAAGUACAACACCUACGCUUCUGCUGAGUGGAGGACCAAAAAAAACAAGAACAUGUUUGUAGGACUGAAUGCCAAAGGAAAACCAAUGAAGGGAAAGAAAACACGGAGGAAAAACACAUCAACUCACUUCUUGCCCAUGGUGGUGCCACCACGAUGAUGGGAUGUAUCAGAAAACUGCAGGACGUUUAUGAUGGCGACAUCGGACAGAUCUGAUCAUGGUCUGUAAAAUGCACUGAGGGAAGCAAAAUUAAACUUAUAGAGAGUGGACUUCUUGUUUGGACAAGGACGAUUCUAUUUU